UAUGAUUAUUUAAAAUUAUUUAUGAUUAUUUAUGAUUAUUUAUAAUUAUUUAUGACAUAUUUAAUAUACUUAUCAUAUUUACCAGUAGACAUGUAAUAUUCUCCUACCCCUUAAAUUACGGUCUCUCAUACUGGAAACUGUAAUGUUGAAUGGUGAUGUAAAAUAUCAAUAAGAACAUAAAGGUUGUAAAACAAUGUAUUUGACCCCCUCAUGAAAGAUUUAAAACAGUUAAAAUUGCAUUAUUUAUAUUGUUUGACUAAUGUAAAAAUGAUUAAUUUAUGAGAUAUUAAAGAUUAAAAUGCUAUUUUUUCAAAUCGGUUGUAUGAAUUAAUACCCCUCUCUAUCCAGAAUUUUUUUUUGUUUGAAAAAGUAUAAUUUCAAUGUUAUUAAUGGUUGUAUGUAUGUUUGCAUGGCAGUGGGAAAUGCCCCCCCCCCCAUUUAACCUAGCCAUUUUUUUAAAUUAUGAUUUUAAUGUAAUAUAACGAUUGUAUUAACUAUUUACAGUGGAAAAUGCUACUCUGUCCGGUAUACUGCUAAAAAAAGAGGUUGACCUUCGUGCUGGUCAGUAUGGCGGGGUCACUUCUUCACCUGGUGCUCAGGCAAUGCAAGUCUGCUCAAAAUAUUCGGUCCCCCCUCCCCCUGUGUAAUUUCCCCUUUAUAACAUCAGAUGGACGUGGUUUUACCACAAACACUAUUUAUCAGUGGACUGAGUCAAAUAGAUCGAGCUUAUCAUGUGGCCAUAAAUCCCCAACUUCCUGCUGUGGGUCCUCGGACCCUCUGGACCCAAGCCAGCGCUCAUCCCGCUCUUAUCAUUCCACAGCCACUCCCACUGCAGUGGACAAGUCAGUAAACCGGUUUGAGUUGACAAGUUCCACCGCUAGGGGUCUCACCAGUGAUUCCACCCGGACGCGUGGUACAGCAAAAUCCAGGGGUUCCGCAAGGGUGUCCUCUAGGUCCCUACAAAUAUCUAGUCCUAGGCAGUAUCAGGCUAAACUUACCCCUGCUGAGGUGACCGUCACGCUGCGUGCCAAUGAAUACACAAACUCUGAUCUGCCCACGGGUCCGGUUAAAUCCUACGAUAUGAACACUCUCAGGUCUAACAAUCCAAUUGAAGAUGCUCACUCUGAAGCCCUGUUGUGGAACGGAGGUUAUCUCUUUGGUAUUUAUGACGGGCAUGGAGGUGCAGCUUGCGGUCAGGUUGUAGCAAAGCGUUUGCUCAACUAUAUAGCUGCCGGUCUUCUUAGUCAUGCAGAGAUAGAGAUGCACUUAAAAGCUAUACAUUCAGAAGAUACAGAGAACCAACUCUACUCCCUGCUGAAGAUAUUAAAUGAAAACUUUGAACUAGUUCAAGAUUUGAAAGAUCUGUAUCAGAAAAGUUAUGAAGAAUAUCUUGAACUAUUAUCUUCCAGGAAACAAGAUGCUAGUCUUCAGAACCUGGAAUCAGUUCUUACAAAUGCUUUCAUUGCACUGGACGAUGACAUGUCCAGGGAAGCCCAACCAGCAGAGGGCGAAAUGGUGAACAUGAAAACAUUGACAGUAGCUAUGUCAGGCUGUGUAGCAGUAGUAACUCAUAUAGAUGGACCUCAUCUACAUGUAGCAUCUACAGGUGACUGUACAGCUGUGAUUGGUUCACUGUCUGAGACUGGUACAUGGAUCGCGAAGAAGCUCACAACUGAACAUAACUCAGAUAAUAUUCAGGAGGUAAAGAGAAUUCUUUCUGAACAUCCAGAAACAGAACAUCACCAUAUUAUUAAGGGAGAUCGAUUGCUUUCAAUGCUUGCACCACUCAGGGCUUUCGGAGAUUUUAAGUUUAAAUGGUCCAAAGAAAGGAUAGAAUCUACACUAGGGUCUAUAUUGGGGAACCAUGCUUGUCCUCCUAACUACAAGACUCCGCCUUAUCUCACCGCAAUGCCUGAGGUUACCUAUCAUCAUCUAACAGCCAGGGAUCGGUUCCUGGUUCUAGGUUCAGAUGGACUCUGGGAUAUGAUGACACCUAUGCAGGUUAUCCGGUUGGUUGGUGAGCACAUGUCUGGGAAACUAACCUUGUCUCCCCUUCAUCUCUCACAGCCUCAUAUACCCCUAGAGGAUAUUGCCUCAUUGCUGCGUCAACGUGAGGCGGCUAUGAAGCUGAAACCUGCAGACGCUAACGCAGCUACGCAUCUUAUACGCUGCGCCCUUGGAGGAACAGCAUAUGGAGUUGAUCACAGUCGACUUAGUCAAAUGCUAUCACUACCUCAAGAUAUGGUUCGGAUGUUCAGGGAUGAUAUGACGAUCACUGUAAUUUUCUUUGAUGACGAGUAUCUGCGGCACUGCUAGCGCGGCCAUUUUGAAGAAGACCAGGCCACGUGAUGCACCAUUUGAAGUUUCAUGCUCAGCUUAAUUAGAAGAUUUAUUCAGUCUUUCCUUUAGAAAACUGGAUUUUUUUUUUUAAUCUUAGUCUUAGUUUCCUGUGAAUUAAAAGAAAUAUUAAAUAUUAUAAUUAAAUAUCUAUUCGUUAACUUAGAUCAACAAUAUUUUAAUGCAAAUAGGUUUCUAGUCUGAAUUCUAGAGGUUGUUUAAACCAUUUUGAAGAUUUAGCGGAAUAUCCCACUACACGAAUAUACAAUAACGAUGUAAACUCUGUAAAUUUCUAUAGUUCUUCCAGUUAUGACCUUCCUAGUGCUUUUGUUAAAGAUUUGAAAUCCUUUAAUUUUUCAGAAAA